UUCUACAUUCCUUCUACGUAUACUGUACUGUACGUAUACGCGUAUAAUUCAUGGUGUACGUGCAGUUUAAGUUACUUUUAGCCUCAGAGCUCUUUCUUCUCCUAAAUUAACAAGAUUGAUUAUUUUCCAGUAUUAUUGAUUCCGAUGAGCUGCAACUUUUUCCCCUUUGCAAUUCAUCGGGAACGGCGUCGUUUGUCAAUCUAGGGUUCAGUGUGGAGCAAAUUCUAGAUAAAUAUUCAGUUGGCUGAUGAAUUCUCAGCUGAUGCCGAUGACAAGAAGAACCAAUACUAGCUGUGCUAUCUGCGACAGCUCCAAUCUUGCCUCAAUCUGCCCUGUCUGCGUAAAUUACAGAUUGAAUGAGUACAGUACUAAUUUAAAGUCUCUGAAGAGUAAGAAGGAUGCAUUAUAUUCAAAAUUAAGCGAAGCCCUUCUUGCAAAGGGAAAGACAGAUGAUCAGAAAAGUUGGUUGCUACUUCAAAAGGAGAAACUUAUAAAAAUGAAGGAGAAGCUCCAUCUUCGACAACAAGAAGUUUUGCAAGGAAAGUCAAUGAUCGAGGAGUUGUCUCAUGAUUUAGAUGCCAAGUAUAAAUUGCUUGAGUCAGCCAUGAGUGUGCUGCAAAAGAAUCAAGUGGAACAAUUGGAAAAGUUCUAUCCUAAUCUUAUUUGCACACAGAGUCUUGGACAUAUGGCAAUUACCUCUGAACUCCUAGACAACCAGUCUGUCAUUGUGAAACAGAUAUGCAAGUUAUUCCCAUUACGUCGGCUGAAUGUUGAUGGUGAUAGAAAAGAUGGUUUCACUGGUCAAUAUGACACCAUUUGUAAUGCACGCUUACCUAGAGGACUUGAUCCACAUUCUGUUCCACGUGAUGAGCUUGCCGCCUCUUUGGGAUACAUGGUGCAGCUUCUGAAUCUUGUCGUUCAUCAUGUCUGUGCCCCUGCACUUCAUAACUCAGGAUUUGCGGGUUCAUGCUCUAGGAUAUGGCAACGAGAUUCUUAUUGGGACGCUCGUCCAUCUUCAAGAAGCAGCGAAUAUCCUCUUUUCAUUCCUCGCCAAAAUUUUUGCUCCACUAGUGGGGAAACCUCAUGGUCUGAUAGAAGCUCAAGUAACUUUGGUGUUGCUUCGAUGGAAUCAGAUAGGAAACCUCAUUUGGAUUCUUCUCGUAGUAGCAGUUUCAACUACUCGUCUGCCUCCCCUCAUUCUAUUGAAACACACAAUGAUUUGCAGAAAGGAAUAUCCCUUCUCAAGAAAAGCGUGGCAUGUGUAACUGCAUACUGCUAUAAUUCAUUGUGUUUGGAAGUUCCUGCCGAGGCUUCUACAUUUGAAGCAUUUUCGAGGUUGUUGUCCAUCCUUUCUUCUUCCAAGCAAGUGCGGUCUUUUGUUUCCUCGAAAAUGGCUUCUUCAAGGUCAUCCAAGCAAGCCCAGCAGUUGAACAAGUCUGUAUGGAAGGUAGAUUCAGCUAGUUCAUCAAGCACUUUGGUGGAAAGUGCACAUGCCUUCCCUAUGAAGAGAAAUGUUUUUGACAGCCAUGUUCCGAGUUCUGCUUCCAGUUUCCUAUUCCCCACUGAAUUUUCUGAUAUUGGAAAGAAUGAAAACUUCAUUGAAGGGUGGGAUCUUGUUGAGCAUCCAACUUAUCCUCCUCCGCCUUCACAAACUGAAGAUGUAGAGCACUGGACACGAGCGAUGUUUAUUGAUGCCACAAAGAAAUGAUUAGUUGUUCAAGAGGAUAAUGGAAUACUACAAUUAUAAGCUUUCUCGCCCCUCAUAAGCUCUAAAGAAGGCAAGAAGAGGUCAAUUCUAGAUCAUCACAUUCUCUUCUAUAUUUAUGAACGACUUGGAACACUGCUGGUCAAUAUACUUGGUUCCUGGGAGUAAAUUUCAAACAGUACAAGAGAACUUAACAGUACUUUGCUUAUGCCAAGCAACCUGAAGUCUAAACUAGUGCAGAAAAUUGUUUGUCAGUGUUCAUCUUGAACUCAAUGCUAGCAAUGUUCUAACAUAAUCGAUAAUUUGGUUAUACUGAAAUUGCUGUCUUAAAUACCAAUAGACUGUCUUUGAUUAUUACUCCUCCAAUCCUUUAUACAAAUUAACCGCUGCAAGUUUUUCUUCUAGUGAAAUGGGCAGAUAGAACGUACUACUCGUUUCUGUAUUUGCCCCAAAUGCUGUUUCUCUUCUUGUUGGUUGGUCUUCUGGUGCUUUAUAUUGUCAUUAAAGGUUCAGCGUUGCAGGGCACUUGACGGCAAAACUAGAAUAACUCCUCAAGUUUCUGCCUGGCAAAUGUAAA